AUGUUAAGUUUGUCCCUAGUAUUAGCCGCUAUAUUGGUGUCCUUUAGACACUUUAGUUGGGGCAUGGAACUUGAUCUCGAUGACCCAGACUCCUUAAGGUUAGCCACGGCGUUGCUGGCAGACGGUAUCCUUGAUUACUAUUCAGGGAAGGAUCCUGGAGGCACAGUGGGUAUGUUUACUAACCCAUACUAUUGGUGGCAAGCAGGUGCUGCUUGGGGAUCAAUUCUUGAUUAUGGGUUCUAUAUGGAAAACAACACGUACGAAGGACAUUUAAUUGAAGCUAUGUUGGCACAAGUAGGGGAAAGAAUUGAUUAUGUUCCUGCAGAACAAGCAACAACCGAAGGUAACGAUGAUCAAGCAUUUUGGGGAAUGACAGCAAUGGCGGCAACGGAAAGAAACCUCACCAACCCCCCUGAAGGCCAGCCACAGUGGUUGGCGUUAGCACAAGCUGUGUUUAACACAAUGGCUUCGCGAUGGGACGAUUCUACAUGUGGUGGUGGUUUGCGAUGGCAAAUUUUCAAGUUUAAUGAUGGUUAUGAUUACAAAAACUCUGUUUCAAACGGUGCUUUGUUCCAUAUUGCAUCCAGAUUGGCUCGUUACACUGGUAAUAACACGUAUGUUGAAUGGGCAGAAAAGACCUAUGACUGGAUGCAGGAUGUUGGUUUCAUUGCAGAUAUUAACGGCUGGCAUUUCGUUUAUGAUGGGGCACCUGUAGAGGGUGAUUGUCGGAACACUUCUAGGUUGCAAUGGACUUACAAUCACGGUUUAAUCCUUUCUGGAUGUGCAUAUCUUUACAAUUAUACUGGCUCCGAUAUAUGGCAUGAGAGAACGCGUAACUUUUUACAAUCUGCAGUUGUGUUCUUUGACGAUGACGAGAUUUUGCAUGAAGCUGCUUGCCAAGGCGUCGGACCGGAUGGUGUGAACACUUGUAAUGUUGACCAAAGGUCAUUCAAGGCAUACUUUUCAAGGUUUCUCGGGUUAACCGCCCAAUUAGUCCCUGAGUCUAGAACACAGAUCAUGAGUUGGCUACGCGCCAGUGCUCUUGCGGCUGCCUCGUCUUGCUCAGGCGGUUAUGACGGACAUACUUGUGGAAUGAAUUGGUUCAUUGGCCAUUGGGAUGGAGUCUAUGGUCUAGGAGAACAGAUGGCAGCAUUAGAGGUUUUCCAAAACCUUCGCUGUUUAGAUAGACCUGCACCGUAUACUGCUGCUGACGGUGGUUCAAGCAUCGGUAAUUUUGCCGCAGGUACAACACCAGUUAAAUAUAGAGCUCCACCAUUAAACAUAAAUCGCGGAGACAUAGGAGGAGCAGUAAUAAUAACAACUAUAAUAGGAAUUACCAUAGCAGUAUGUGUGGUUUGGUUAGUGAUUUAG